ACCACUCUCUCAGCCUUUCUCCGAGGUGCAGUCUUUUUACGCUACAGCCUAAGGUAGUUUAUACUGAAGUGGUCCAAUAUGUCUUCGUUCCGUGGUUCAGUGUGUCUACUGGUCUUACUGGGAGCUGUGUUUGCAUCUGGGAGUCCUGCUCAGUUCAUCCCUGACCAACUGAAACAAACCCACAAGUCCAUCGCAGAUGUGCUGGAGUUGACGCGGUCGGACAUCGUCGUUAAUCCUCUCUUCAGCUCCGUCAUCAGGAGCAUCAACACCUCACUCCAGAGAAAAGAAGCACAGCUCAUGAAUGUCACUCUGGACGUCUACAUGCAAAUCUUCUCCAGCAUCCUGCAGCAGCACCACGACAACACCGGGACCCCGACUCUCCUGAGCCACCUGACCGAGGCCGAGAGGUCUAAGGUGGAGUCGGCUCUGAAGUUCUUCCAGCAGAAGAUCAAGGUGCUGAAGAGACGCCUGAGCCAACAGGCCAAUGACAGAGAGGACGUCAUCAGCGAGCUGAACAAAAUACAGGUGGACGACCCCGAGGCUCAGAGGAAAGCUCUGGCUCAGUUCCUGGAGAUCUACCAGGAGGCUUCUGUGAUUUGCAGCCGCAUGUGGAGACCCGCCCACUCCUCCUCUGCUGAGUGACGCCGUGACCAAACCGUUCACUUAUCUUCGUUUUCAAGCAGCUUCUUUGCUCGUAGUUUCUGUUUUUAUUUGUAACUGAGUUAAGUUUUGUGAGGUUUCCAUGGCGACAUCUUCCAUGUUCAGACACACUUUGACAGCUCCACGUAUUUAUUUAGUUAUUUAAAAGGUCACUUUAGGUCAUUUCUCAAUCCAGUCACUUAACUGAGUUAUAUUUAUUUUUCUGGUAAUUUAAUGUAUUUUAUUUAUGGUUAAUUUAAUUUAAUUUAUCUUUGUG